AGGGAUUUGCCUAAAAGUAACAAUCUUUGAUGAGAUACAUCUAUACCCAAACGUUCUUCGAUUUUUUGCUUUACCUGUAGCACAGUAUCUGUGGGCAGUACCUGCUCAAAUAAAAAGUUUACAAAAAUAAUUGAAAAGUUCCAUUAUCAUUUUAAUUUUCAUAAGGAUUAACAAAAUCAAGACUCACAUCAAAGACAUGUUCUUCCCCCAAUAAAACCUUAACAUGGAUUUUCAUAUUUGCUAUCUUCUGUUGUACAGUUUUGGUGAAAAAUUCUACUAAUUAAGCAAUUAAUCUAAACGGUAAUAGAAUACGAAAAAUAGUCUAAACUCGCUAAAUAACAUUAGGAUAAUCUACAUUUUUUCUUUAAAAAAGGUUAGAAUCCCGAUGAUUCGACAUAUACUGUACAUCGUGCUGUAUACCGAAGUUCGAAACCAUUCCGAAAUUUGCCGAAAAUAGUGAGCUCAGAAAGUGCUCACGACAACUGACGAACUUCACGUCAGAUCAGAAGGACUCGGUCAGCGGUCUGCUUUGAAAAACAUUCGACAAUGGCGGCACUGAAAGAGGUAGUUAAUAAAGCUCAAAUUUUGAAGCAAGAAUGGGCGAAAACACCGUGCAACUUCAAUAAAUGCGGAGAGCUCUUGAAUCAGCUCAAAAUUGCACUUACAAGUUUAACGUUUUUGCCAACAAAGGACACUGCCUCGGAAGAAGAAUUGUUGAUAGCUCGCGAUGUUCUUGAGAUUGGAGCACAAUGGAGCAUAGCUACUGAAGAUAUCCCUUCAUUUGAGCGUUAUAUGGCACAACUCAAAAGCUACUACUUUGAUUACAAGUCUAGUCUACCAGAAUCUGCAUACAAAUACCAGCUAUUAGGACUGAAUCUUCUGUUCUUAUUGUCACAAAACAGAGUAGCAGAAUUCCACACUGAAUUGGAGCUUCUACCAGUAGAGUGCAUUCAGUCUAACAUCUAUAUCAGACAUCCCCUAAGUCUGGAACAGUAUUUGAUGGAAGGCUCUUAUAACAAAAUUUUCCUUGCCAAGGGUAAUGUACCAGCAGCUUCUUACAACUUCUUCAUUGAUAUUUUGUUAAACACUGUCAGAGAUGAAAUUGGAGCAUGUAUGCAAAGUGCUUUUGACAAAAUCUCAGUGAAGGAUGCUGCUCGCAUGCUGAAUUUGAAUUCAGAAAAAGAAACUCUGCAGUUCUGUAACAAAAAGAAGUGGCAUAUCUCAAAAGAUGGUUACUUUCACUUUGGAACUCCAAAUGAAAAGAAAAUUGAGGAGCCUAUUCCUAGUUCUCAACUGGUGACUUUAGCAAUAGAUUAUGCACGAGAGUUAGAAAUGAUUGUUUAAAAGGAAAAUUUUUGUAAUCGUUUGUUAAAUAUAAAAUUAUAAGAAUAUAAACAGGCGUUUUUUGUAAAAAUUUGUCAUAUUGACAAAUGAUUGCAUUGCAAUCCUAAAAAAAAAAUUGUAAUCAAUAAAAGAAAAUAUGGCAAAUAAAUGCAUAUUAACUUAUAAAAAUA